AUGGAUUUGGAGCAAUUUAUAAUUGAGAAGCGUAACCUUUUGGAUAAAGAACGAAAAGAACAACAAAAUAGAAUGCUUCAACAAGAGAAAAAAUUUGAUUAUAAUGUUAGAGCAGUUCAUUUGGAAGAAAUGUUAGUUUGGAAAGAAUUAUCUGAUGAACGACAAGCUUCUGCUCCUGAAAUUUUUGAUCAAUAUGAAACUAGAAGAAUUGAUGAAGAAAUAAAAGCACGAGAAAAGUCUCUUGAAACUUUUCAACUUUUAACAAAAGUUAAAGACGAUGCUAUCAAAUUUAUGCGUAGUACAAUUCAAACACAUUCUGAAGAACUAAAGGUUAGUAAAGAACAAUGGAAAGAGAAGGUGGAAUCGGUUCGUGAAAAAGCUAUUGAAAAAUUGGCAAAUGAAAGAAUGAAGAAAUGGCAAGUUGAAGUUGAACGUCAAAAGCGUUUGGAAGAAGAACAGCGUCGUAAAGAAGAACAACCGCCACCACAACUUAUUCGUAAACCAGAAGCGCCACCUCAACAGCAGCAACGACAACAACAGCGCCAGGAACCUCCGCCUCAGCACCAGGAACCUCCAUUACAACAGCGCCGUCAAGAACCGCCAUCAGAACCUAAACAAUGGCGUCAAGAACAAAAACCGCCAGCACAACAACAACAGCGUCGUCAACAACCAGAACAACCGAUGCCGGCACAGCAACAAAGUCAACAACAACCACAACAGCAGCAAAUUGAAGGGAAAGAACCACCGAAGAAGGGAAAAUAUGUGCCUCCACAUGUGCGUAAAGCUCAGCAAGGGCAGCAGUAA